AUGGGAAAAGUCCACGGCUCCCUCGCCCGUGCCGGCAAGGUCCGAUCUCAGACACCAAAGGUCGAGCCACAAGAGAAGAAGAAGACGCCCAAGGGCCGCGCGAAGAAGCGCAUCCAGUACACCCGCCGCUUCGUCAACGUCACCAUGACCGGGGGCAAGAGGAAGAUGAAUCCGAACCCGACGUCGUAG